AUGGAAGACCUUGAGGAUCCUCAGGGCGCGCCCGUCACUGGUGCCGUGAAUGAGCCUGAAGGCAACAAGGAUCCCCGGGAUCCGCUACGUCCAGGAAUUGACGAAGAAGACAACGCUCGCACGCCGCCGCUGGCCGAUCCGACCGCAGAUAUGGAAGGACGGGAGGACAAUGGAGAGCUUGGCAUGGGCGACGAGACAGAUGGGCAAGCCGCUGCCGAUGACGACGAUGAACUGGAGUCAGACCUGGAGGAAUUGGACGAAGCGGAAUUUGAAAACUUUGACGCGUCUGCCGUGAACAUCUCGGCCCAGCCGAUGCAAGUUGACGAAAGCAACGUGGCUUUGCUGGGUGUGCACAAACGCAAGCGGACUGCGGAGGAGGAAGCUGAACGCGAGAGGAAGAAGAAAAAGAAGGAGCGGAGACGCGAGAAGCCAAAGAGGAGCAAGAAGGCUGCCGGAGACGACGACGAUCUCGAUCAAGGCGAAGACUUGGAUGGGAAACGUGCGAGGAGGAGCAAGCUUGGUCCUGAUGGGAGACCUGUCAAGGCAGUGAGAAGACCGAGGACCCCCGAGAAUGAGGAGAACCUCACACCAGAAGAGCGACGACGUCGUGCUCUCGAUCGCAAAAUGGAAGAUGCGCUCAAGACCAACAGGGUCUCGCGUCGCAAGCAAGCUGUGGUGCUUGAAGAGCGAGCUGAUCAAGAGAUCGAGGCGAUGCGUCAACGCAUGGCCAAAGCCUGCGAGAUGGACGCUCAAGCGCGCGCCCAAGGGGAAGUCGCGGUGUACAAGCUCAAGAUUCUGCCCGACGUGGUGGAGCUGAUGAACCGCAACACGAUCCAAGCACAACUGGUCGAUCCGGACGUGAACAUCCUGGAAGCGGUGCGAUUCAUGCUCGAGCCGGCCGAUCAGGACGCCGCUCUCCCCAACUACCAGAUCCAGCGCGAGCUCUUCGCCAUUCUGACCAAGCUCAACAUCGGCAAAGAGGCCCUGAAAUCCUCCGGAAUCGGCAAGGUGGUCUUGUUCUACACCCGCUCCGUCCAGCCGCAACCCGAGAUCAAACGCCAAGCCGAGCGCCUCGUCGGCGAGUGGAUGCGCGUGAUCCUCGGCAAGAGCAAAGACCGCCGCAACAUCUCCGUGGAGACGCGGACCUACGACCCCUCGGUGCAGAUCCAGCGCGCUACCGCCCCCAGCCAGGCGGAACAAGUCGCCGCGGCCGCCGAGCGGCGGCGUCGCGUCCUGGAGCCCAGCCGCCCCGCGAACCGCGCUCGUUUGGACAAUGCCGGCGUCGGCACAUACACCAUUGCUCCCGUCAGCAAUCUCAGCAAUGUGCAGGGCAUCGGGGCGAGGAGGCCUGGUGCCGCGGGCGAGGAGGCGUUCCGCAGGAUUGCGGCUCGCAGUGCGAUGAAGGCCAACGGGACUGGGAGACGAUGA